CCGGACCAGUCAUCGAGGUCGACGCUCUGAAUCGAGAUCACCACGCGGAAGACGAUCGGAUCGAGGUGAUCGUGGACGACGUAGUCCUAGCGGAUCACGUCGUGGUCAUCGUGAACGAUCUAGAUCACCACACGGGAGAAGCUCUCGAUCUCCAUCCCCACAUUUUCGACGUCGUUCUCGUGAUCGUCAUGCACCACGGGGUCGGUCUCCACACGAUCCAGACGACUCAUACGAAUCCCGCACCCAUCGCGAUCGACGUCAUGGUCCACGAGAUAGAAGUCGUACUCCGGGAUCAAGCUCACGCAAACCCCAUAACAAUCUACCAGUGGAUCCAGUUGUCGGUGAUAUUUACGAGGGUCGUGUGUCAAAUAUUCUCGCAUUUGGUGCGGUGGUCCAGAUUGACGGUCUGCGAAGACGAUGCGAAGGCCUGGUCCAUAUCUCUCAGCUGAGACGUGAGGGGCGUGUGGCCAAUGUGAGCGAUGUUGUACAACGUUCACAAAAGGUCUAUGUGAAAGUGUUAUCAUUCACUGGAACACGAACCAGUCUGAGCAUGCGUGAAGUGAAUCAGGAGACCGGGGAGGAUUUGAACCCCCAGAAAACAGCAAAAGAUCAGUCGGACGAAGAUCGUGGUAAAAUACGCGAUAUGGAUGCUACUGAUUUAGACGGAGUUCGUAAUCCCGACCGACCAGCUGGUUCGUCUGCCGCUACCCCAGCCUCCCG